ACGGACCCGUUGGCUCUCCCCCCUCCCUUUCCCCGCCCUGAACCCCCCUCCUGGCUCGCCGGGAAUUAGUCCCCGUGGAGUUUCCCCUCCGCCUCGCUGCCGUUUCCUCGGUCCUCGGCCCGGUGGAAGUCACUGCCCUCGAGGAGGAGGCUGCAGCAGCCGCCCUCGCCUCGCCGCCCCCGGUUCGGUGCCCGCGGUCCCGGAGAGGAGGUGCCGCCGCCACCGCCGCUCCCCCCCCUCCCGCUGCCCUCGGGCCGGGCUGGGUCGAGCUGCGAUGCCCUCGGACUUCAUCUCAUUGCUCAGCGCGGACCUAGACCUGGAAUCGCCCAAGUCCCUGUACUCGCGAGAUUCUCUGAAGUUACACCCAUCACAGAAUUUUCAUAGAGCUGGACUAUUGGAAGAAUCUGUCUAUGAUCUUCUCCCAAAGGAGUUACAGUUACCUCCAUCUAGAGAAACAUCUGUAGCAUCAAUGAGUCAGACAAGUGGUGGUGAGGCAGGCUCGCCUCCUCCAGCUGUAGUUGCUGCUGAUGCUUCUUCAGCUCCCUCCUCUUCCUCCAUGGGCGGUGCUUGCAGCUCCUUUACCACCUCUUCCAGCCCUACCAUUUAUUCUACCUCAGUCACCGACAGCAAGGCUAUGCAAGUGGAGAGCUGCUCCUCAGCCUUGGGGGUAAGUAACAGAGGGGUAAGUGAAAAGCAGUUAACCAGUAACACAGUUCAGCAGCAUCCAUCAACACCGAAGAGGCACACAGUCUUGUACAUCUCACCACCACCUGAGGACUUGCUGGAUAACAGUCGGAUGUCCUGCCAGGAUGAGGGGUGUGGAUUGGAAUCAGAGCAGAGCUGCAGUAUGUGGAUGGAGGAUUCCCCCUCCAACUUCAGUAACAUGAGCACCAGUUCCUACAAUGAUAACACUGAGGUACCUCGUAAAUCACGAAAACGAAAUCCAAAGCAGAGGCCGGGGGUCAAACGACGAGAUUGUGAAGAAUCUAAUAUGGAUAUAUUUGAUGCCGACAGUGCCAAAGCACCUCACUAUGUGCUUUCUCAGCUUACCACGGACAACAAAGGCAACUCAAAAGCAGGAAAUGGAACACUGGAAAACCAAAAAGGAAGUGGAGUAAAGAAGAGCCCUAUGUUGUGUGGACAGUAUCCUGUUAAAAGUGAAGGAAAGGAGCUGAAGAUAGUUGUACAGCCUGAGACCCAGCACCGAGCUCGGUACCUGACUGAGGGUAGCCGUGGCUCAGUAAAGGACAGAACACAGCAAGGCUUUCCUACAGUAAAGCUGGAAGGCCAUAAUGAGCCCGUAGUGUUGCAAGUGUUUGUGGGUAAUGACUCUGGUCGAGUGAAACCACAUGGAUUUUAUCAGGCCUGCAGGGUUACUGGGCGAAAUACAACACCCUGUAAAGAAGUGGACAUUGAAGGCACUACUGUUAUAGAAGUUGGUCUUGAUCCAAGCAACAACAUGACACUGGCGGUGGACUGCGUAGGGAUAUUGAAAUUGAGGAAUGCUGAUGUUGAAGCCAGAAUAGGAAUUGCUGGUUCCAAGAAAAAAAGCACUCGUGCCAGAUUGGUUUUUAGAGUUAAUAUCACGAGGAAAGAUGGCUCCACUUUGACACUGCAAACACCCUCUUCUCCGAUUUUAUGUACUCAGCCAGCAGGAGUGCCAGAAAUCUUAAAGAAAAGCUUGCAUAGCUGUUCAGUGAAAGGAGAGGAAGAAGUAUUUUUAAUUGGCAAGAACUUUCUGAAAGGAACUAAAGUUAUUUUCCAAGAAAAUGUUUCUGAUGAAAACUCUUGGAAGUCAGAAGCUGAAAUUGACAUGGAAUUAUUUCAUCAGAAUCAUCUUAUUGUGAAGGUUCCCCCAUAUCAUGACCAACAUAUAACUUUGCCGGUAUCAGUGGGAAUAUAUGUAGUGACCAAUGCUGGAAGAUCUCAUGAUGUUCAGCCAUUCACUUACACUCCAGACCCAGCAACAGCUGGUGCUUUGAAUGUAAAUGUGAAGAAAGAAAUAUCUAGUCCUUCAAGACCUUGCUCUUUUGAAGAGGCCAUGAAAGCAAUGAAAACUACUGGUUGUAACUUAGAUAAGGUAAAUAUUCUUCCUAAUGCUCUGAUCACUCCACUCAUAUCAAGCAGUAUGAUUAAGAGUGAAGAUGUUACUCCAAUGGAAGUAACAGCAGAAAAAAGAUCUUCCCCUAUUUUUAAGACUACAAAGACAGUUGGAUCAACUCAACAAACAUUAGAAAAUAUCUCUAACAUAGCAGGAAAUGGGUCUUUUUCAUCGUCAUCCUCUUCCCACUUACCUUCUGAAAAUGAAAAGCAGCAGCAGAUUCAGCCUAAGACAUACAACCCAGAGACCCUGACAACUAUCCAAACACAGGACAUUUCACAGCCUGGUACCUUUCCAGCAGUUUCUGCUUCCAGUCAGCUGCCCACCAGUGAUGCACUACUGCAGCAGGCAACCCAGUUUCAGACCAGAGAAACCCAGUCUAGAGAAGUGCUACAGUCAGAUGGUACAGUGGUUAAUUUGUCACACCUGACUGAAUCAUCCCAGCCACAGCAGCAGUCACCACUACAAGAACAAGCGCAGACUUUACAGCAGCAGAUUUCAUCCAAUAUUUUCCCAUCACCGAAUAGCGUGAGUCAACUACAGAAUACGAUUCAACAUUUGCAAGCCGGAAGUUUUACAGGCAGUACUGCCAGUGGCAGCAGUGGGAAUGUUGACUUGGUCCAGCAAGUUUUAGAGGCACAACAACAGUUAUCUUCAGUUUUAUUUUCUGCUCCAGAUGGUAAUGAGAAUGUUCAAGAACAGCUUAGUGCAGACAUUUUUCAACAAGUCAGUCAAAUUCAAAAUAGUGUAAGCCCUGGAAUGUUUUCCUCAACAGAACCAGCAGUCCAUACUAGACCAGAUAAUUUAAUAGCUGGAAGAGCUGAAAGUGUUCAUCCACCGACUGAAAACACAUUAUCCAGUCAGCAGCAGCAACAGCAACAGCAACAAGUGAUGGAAUCAUCAGCUGCAAUGGUGAUGGAGAUGCAGCAGAGUAUUUGUCAGGCAGCUGCCCAGAUCCAGUCUGAGCUAUUUCCUUCCCCUGCGUCAGCAAAUGGGAACCUUCAGCAAUCUCCAGUUUACCAGCAGACGUCUCACAUCAUGAGUGCGUUAUCUACCAAUGAGGACAUGCAAAUGCAGUGUGAAUUGUUUUCUUCUCCACCUGCAGUUUCUGGAAAUGAAACUACUACAACCACCACACAACAGGUUGCAACCCCUGGCACGACCAUGUUCCAGACAUCAAGUUCAGGAGAUGGAGAAGAACCUGGAGCACAAGCAAAGCAGAUUCAGAACACUGUCUUUCAGACCAUGGUCCAAAUGCAACAUAGUGGGGAUAGUCAAUCUCAAGUUAACCUUUUUUCAUCUACGAAAAGUAUGAUGAGUGUGCAGAAUAAUGGUACUCAGCAGCAAGGUAAUGGUUUAUUCCAGCAAGGUAAUGAGAUGAUGUCACUCCAGUCUGGGAAUUUUUUGCAGCAGUCUUCUCAUUCACAGGCUCCACUUUUUCAUCCUCAAAAUCCUAUUGCUGAUGCUCAGAACCUUUCCCAGGAAACUCAAGGUUCUAUUUUCCACAGCCCAAGUCCUAUUGUCCACAGUCAGACUUCUACAACAUCCUCUGAACAAAUGCAGCCUCCAAUGUUUCACUCUCAGAGUACCAUGGCUGUGCUCCAGGGCUCUUCUGUUCCUCAAGACCAGCAGUCGGCCAACCUGUUUCUUUCCCAAAGUCCAAUGAAUAAUCUUCAGAGUAACACAGUAGCCCAAGAAGAACAGAUUUCAUUUUUUGCAGCUCAGAACUCCAUUUCUCCACUUCAGUCAACAUCUAACACUGAGCAGCAAGCUGGUUUCCAACAGCAGGCUCCAAUAUCACACAUCCAGACCCCUAUGCUUUCCCAGGAACAGGCACAACCCUCCCAGCAAGGUAUGUUCCAGCCUCAAGUGUCGCUGGGCUCCCUGCCUCCUAAUCCAAUGCCUCAGAACCAACAAGGAACAAUCUUCCAGUCUCAGCACUCGAUAGUUGCUAUCCAGAGUAACUCUCCGUCCCAGGAGCAGCAGCAGCAGCAGCAGCAGCAGCAACAGCAGCAGCAGCAGCAGCAACAGCAGCAGAGCAUUUUGUUCAGUAAUCAGAACACCAUGGCCACGAUGGCAUCUCAGAAGCAGCCACCACCAAACAUGAUGUUCAACCCAAGUCAAAAUCCAAUGGCUAAUCAGGAGCAACAGAACCAAUCCAUCUUUCACCAACAAAAUAAUAUGGCUCCAAUGAAUCAAGAGCAGCAGCCCAUGCAAUUUCAGAACCAGCCUCCAGUUUCCUCUCUUCAGAACCCAGGUCCUACCCAGUCUGAGUCGCCACAAACCUCCUUAUUCCAUACCUCUCCUCAGAUUCAGUUGGUCCAAGGGUCACCCAGUUCUCAAGAGCAGCAAGUAACACUGUUCCUCUCUCCAGCAUCCAUGUCUGCUUUGCAGACUAGUAUGAACCAACAAGACAUGCAGCAGUCUCCUCUUUAUUCCCCUCAGAACAACAUGCCUGGAAUCCAGGGAGCCACAUCUUCACCUCAGCCACAGGCGACUUUGUUUCACAACACUGCUGGAGGCACGAUGAACCAACUACAGAAUUCUCCUGGCUCAUCUCAACAGACUUCCGGAAUGUUCUUAUUUGGCAUUCAAAAUAACUGUAGUCAGCUUUUAACUUCUGGACCAGCUACCUUGCCAGAUCAGUUGAUGGCCAUAAGUCAGCCAGGCCAACCCCAGAAUGAGGGCCAGCCACCUGUGACAACACUUCUUUCUCAGCAAAUGCCAGAAAAUUCUUCACUAGCAUCCUCUAUAAAUGCCAACCAGAACAUUGAAAAGAUUGAUUUGCUUGUUUCAUUGCAAAACCAAGGGAACAACUUGACUGGCACCUUUUAACUGGAUGAAAAUUCCAUGAAGAAAAUUCUGAUUCCAAGAUGUCCUGAGAUCAUGUGAUUCCAUGAGGAUUUUUGAACUGUUACUUUAAAAACAAAACAAAGUAUGAAAAACUGUGAUUGAGUAAAUGGGUAGAUUUUACUCUUACUGCAAAAGAGCACAUCAGUGCUGCCUGUUGCAGUGAUUAGCCACCGUUGGUAACGUCUUCAUAUUUUAUAUUCCUAAUAACAGUGAUGACUGAGAAUCUAUUUAAGUUUCCAGCUGACAGAAUUAAUUGUUGCUAUUUUCCUAGGCACUGUUUCUUUAAAAGUACAGUUUAAAUCCAAAAGCUGGACUGCUCAGUUAUUAUUGCUAUUAGAAAGUAAUUCAUAAUGUCAUGUUUACUUUCAUUCUUUUUUCAUUUUUCAUAUUUUAUUUCCUGCAUUGUUUUAGUCAAGUAAUGGCUUUUAAAAAAGGAAAGUUCAAAUAGUAACGAAAACUAAGGCUGUGAUUUUUCAAUAUAAAAAGCACAGCUAUUGGCCAAAGUGAAGGAAUAUUUUUUCAGCUUUUACGGAGAAACUGAAGGGGUAACAUUCUGAUAAGUAAGCUGUAUUAAGAGCUCUACACAGAUAAGAGGCUUCUUUAUCACAAAGGCAGACAACACACAAACCGAAUGCUAUUGAUUUUUUCAGAGAGUUGUUAAUUCUCUGUGUUUCUCUUAAAGGGUUCAGCCAUAACUGUGCAUAGAAUAAUAAUUAUCUUGCUCUAUCAAAAAAUGAAGGGGAUAAUGUGUGGUAAAUUAUGUUCUGAUAUCCUCCUACAGCAGUUAAAACUGACAUAGCAAUUUGAGUCUGCUUUUUUUUUAUCCCAGUCGUGGACCGAUGUUCCCUUUUUAUAUUCAUUUAUAUUCUUCUCCCCCUCUUCUUCACUUUUUUUUAGACAAUUAGUAAUAUACUGUUAGCUUUGUGACCCUGUAACAACUUAAAGGAAAAGGCCACUUUGGUGUGGGGUAACCCAGCAACUCCUGCAGCACAGGUGGGGCAGGGGGUUACCCUUUCAGGAAUGAGGGGAGCUGAUUCCUGAGAAACAAACAAUGCAUUUUUUUUCCAUGAACGGUGCUGUUCUGAAGUCUUCAAAUUUUCCCUCUAAUAGGAAACAGUGUACAUUUUAAUU